CAGACUGGAAUGGGACACCUGCGUGUUACCAAAGAAGGCCUUCGUCUGGAAGGGGAAUCAGAAUUCUUAUUCCCUCUUUAUGCCAAAGAAAUCCAUUCUCGAGUGGAUUCAUCACUGCUUCUCCAGUCUACUCACAAUGUGACUGUGAAUGCUCGCAAUUCACAUGGGGAAGUCACAGGCAGAUUAAAUGUGGGUCCUAAAAUGGUAGAAUUCCACAGUCAGCAAUUUCAGAUCAACUCAAAGGACGGCAAGCCACUUUUUACAGUGGAUGAAAAUGAGGUUGUAAUUGGCACAGAUAAACUUCGAGUCACAG